AUGGAUAAUAUUGGACAAAAUUUACGAUCUUUUGAAGAUACGACACGAAGCCGACGAGUUUCUAUAAGUGAUCAAGUUAUUGGUAUUGAUAAUCCAAUAUUUGAUCAUCAUAGACGAAUCAGUGCAAGCUCUGAUCAUAAUCCAGAUUGUCAAAAGAAAAAAUCUAUACUUCAUCACAGUAGUGUUGAAAAUCUCCAACACAAAUUGGAUCUUGAUAAUGGGCAUACCAAUAAUCAAAUAAGGAAAAAAUCGGCAAUGAGUCUGUCAAGUUCAAUUAGAGAUAAAAUUGAAUACACCGAAGAGCUAAAAAGCCCAUGCUUUUCUAGGUCAUGGCUGUACCUAUUUUGCACAAGGUGUCACGGUAAAGAUGACACACCGUCCUGGGAACCACCAGGUUGGCGGCGAGCGUGUCCACGUCCAUUUUGCCCAUCUUAUAGAAAAUUUGCAAGAGUUCUGUGUCUUAUUCUUCUGGGCUUAAUGAUUUGGGGAGUAACUUAUUCAGUAAUAGGUGCUGAUGCUGCUCCAGGUGGUCCAUUAUUUGGACUCGCAACUUUAGCAAUUGCAGCACACUUUGGAGGUUGGUUAUUUUCUCUUACGACUCUACCAGCUCUCAUUGGAAUGCUUCUAACGGGUUUUGUUAUGCAAAACACUGGUCUUGUAUAUAUUGAAGGAAGAUACUCGGAGGUUAUUGCGAAUCUUCGAAAAGUCGCGUUAGUCAUAAUAUUAAUUCGAGCUGGCCUCGACCUGGAUCCAAAUGCCCUCAAGAGACAAAAAAUAACGUUGCCAAAGAUAGGGUUGAUACCUUGGACAGUGGAAGCUACGUUAGUUGCAGUCACAACAAGAUAUCUUCUCGACUUACCCUGGAUAUGGACUUUUUUAAUUGGAAGCAUUGUUGCAGCAGUAUCACCAGCUGUCGUUGUUCCAUGCCUUUUUAGACUUCGAAGAAAGGGUUACGGCGUUGCAAAAGGGAUCCCAACUCUUAUAAUUGCAAUAGCAGGUAUCGAUGACGCUGCGUCAGUAGCAAUUUUUGGUAUUGUAAAAAGUGUCCUGUUCUCUCAUGACUCUUUGUGGUAUCAAAUUCUUCAGGGACCAAUUUCAAUAAUUGGAGGUCUUGGAUUUGGUAUUCUUUGGGGUUAUCUUUCCAAAUAUGUUCCAGAAAAAGGAGACCCUUACAAGAUACCGUUGAGAGUUCUUAUGUUAUUAUUUGGCGGACUGAUAUCUGUUUUUGGAAGUGAAGCAAUAGAAUUAGGAGGUGCAGGUCCACUUGCUGUAGUUGCAGCUGCUUUUGUUAGUUGCUACUUUUGGCAGGAAGAGGGAUGGGACGUCGAAGAUAAUCCGGUGGCGAUAGCGUUCGAAAUAUUUUGGAUGAUAUUUGAACCAAUCUUAUUUGGUAUAACAGGAACGCAAAUCAAAAUAGAUGAGCUAGAAGGUGAAACUAUUUACUUGAGUGUCGGUUGUCUUUUAAUAGCAAUAACUUUGAGAAUUGUUGUAACAUUCGUAGUGAGCUUUAAAUCAAAGGUUAAUAACAAAGAAAAGAUAUUUAUUGCCUUAGCUUGCAUGGCUAAAGCAACCGUUCAAGCAGCUUUAGGGCCAGUAGCUUUAGACUUUGUAAAAAAGGAUGAUAUUGAGCAAAAACGUUAUGCAGAAACAACUCUUACUUUUUGUAUUCUCUCGAUACUGUUAACUGCACCGACUGGCGCUAUUAUUAUUUCAUUAGCUGGUCCUAAGCUUCUUACGAAAACAACAACUCCUGCAGAACCGCAAGAAGGUUGGAGGUCACGAAAGCCGUCUAUCAGAGAUAUUUCUAUUAUCAAUGAAGAUCCGGAUCUUGAGGAAAACUCUGUGAAUAAUCAUUGA